AUGGACCAGACAAGAAUUCCUGGUAGUCUAAGACUAGAGAAAACGUUACACUUUUCUGAAUUUAGAACCACGCCUCGGACAUUGACUAUGCAGGUGGGUCCGUCGUCAUCCCCGUCGCAGUUGCGACCAUCGGUCAGUCGACAGUCGGUUACAUUUAGUAUUGUUGAAUGCCAGCAGAACGAGGAUCUUGUUGAAGAAGAUCAAAGAUCUCAAAACGAACGCAUGAAUACGAGAUUUCACAGCGACACGCAGCGCAUCUCUAUCGCUGAAGCGACAUCCAAGCGAGCGAAUCCGAGCGGAACCUCACCGGCUCCAAUGAAGAAGUCAACCGCGAACAGCAAGGAAAAUGACAACGAGGAUGAUUACUCGGCGUCAGUUUGCGCGAUUAUGCAACAGCGAAAUUCGACACGACGACAAAGUCGGCGGAAACGACGUCCAUCGUCGCCGUUCGGCGUCGACAACGUCGACGGUGUCGCGCGCCGUCGAUCCUCGGUUUACACGACGAGCUCGGGAGACACGGUAAUUACGAUGGAAGAAAGCAGUAAUCAGGAGCAGAUUUUUGAGAAUGUCAGUGUGCACAAAGAAGUUCUAAGUGCUAUAAAGCAACAACCUUGGCCUCUCCGACGAAAGAUCAAGCUCAUACGGCAAGCUAAAGCUUAUAUCAGACGACACGAAGGCGCUCUGCAGGAAAGACUAGCUCAAAGUCACAACACUAAAGAUAUCAUAGCACGCGUAUCGCUUUUCAUGACUAAGAAAUGGCAGUAUUUCCGACGUGAGUUGGUCAAUUUGCAAACGUGGCUCAUACCUUGGGAGGUCCGUAUCAUGGAAAUAGAAUCGCAUUUCGGUUCCGCUGUUGCAUCCUACUUCAUUUUUCUCCGUUGGCUCUUCUGGAUCAACCUCGUCAUCGCAACAAUUCUUACGGCGUUUGUUGCGAUACCUGAAGUAUUGACCGCAAACGUGACUCUUGCCGGCGAGAGAAAGAUUAUGCUGCAGGAAGAGGCCAUCAAGUCGAAGGAUCUGUUAACUUUAUGGGAAUUCGAGGGUGUCUUAAAAUAUUCCCCAUUUUUCUACGGAUGGUACACCAAUCAGGACUCGAACAGCAAUUACAGAUUACCACUGGCGUACUUCGUCACCAAUCUGGUCGUGUACAUAUACAGCUUCGUCGCAAUUCUGCGCAAAAUGGCAAAGAACUCGCGUUUGAGUAAACUGACCGAAAAGGAAGACGAAUAUGUCUUUUCAUGGAAACUCUUCACGGGAUGGGACUUCAUGAUUGGUAAUCCGGAAACCGCGCACAAUCGUAUAGCCAGCAUCAUGGUGGGUUUCAAAGAAGCCUUACUGGAAGAAGCAGAGAAGCAAAAGGACAAGAGAAAUUGGAGAAUCAUUUUAAUGAGAAUAUUUGUGAACGUGGCAGUACUGUCAUUACUCGCACUGUCGGCAUAUGCUGUGAUCAAAGUGGUUGAACGGAGCACCGUGGAAUCUCAAACCUGGUGGCAACAAAACAAAAUCACGAUUGUGAUGUCUCUCAUUACAUACCUUUUCCCAAUACUCUUCGAGAUCCUCGGCUUCCUUGAAAGCUAUCAUCCUAGGAAACAGCUCCGAAUACAACUAGCACGGAUAAUGAUCUUAAAUCUGCUGAAUCUUUACUCGCUAAUAUUCGCAUUAUUCCAUAAGAUAAACUCUAUGAAACAAGACAUUCUUUAUGAUCUCAAACUGAUAAACAAGUGUAUACAUAAAUUAGUACCAUGCGACGAGCUGACACAUACUCAACAGAUCGCAACAUUAGCAUCUUUGUGUCUUGUUUUAAUAAACAAUAUCACCCAUUCUCGUGUUAAAAAGGAAAUAUCAAUGCUACCAUCUAUCAGACAAGAGACUUUCUUUCUUAAUCCUUUAUUGGACAACGAUACCUUAUAUAAGGACUUCAAUGAUAUAUAUGAUUAUAAAGAUUAUUCGGAUUACGAUAAUUACCAAUUUAAAACUUCGGAUAUGGAUAAUAGCAACAAGUCUUCUACUAUAUCUUAUUAUGAGGAACAAUAUACCGAAAAUGUGGAUGAUAACGAAAUAUAUUAUGACACGAGCCCGACAGUAAUUUCCAAUUUUCUGACUGAUUCGACAAUUACUGAACAUUUCUAUACAAGUUCUACUUUGUCCCAAAGCGAUACUACAGCGUCAACAACAUUCGAAUCAAAUGUAAUGGAAGGAAUAAUAAUUACUCCGUCAACUUCAGACAGUAAGACGUCAUCUGUUAGCAAAUUUAACAUUACAUCUACAGUAACAAACACGACAACAAUUUCGCAUAUUUCGGAAAGUCAAUUUCCUACUUUACAACCAAAUAAACAUGUGAUUCCCCUCCCAAAAAACAAUUGUGUGGACACAUGCUUUGAAAAGAUUUGUACUGCGAAAAAUUUAGAUAUACGAUUAGAACAACUAAAUCUGAAGACACGUAGAAGACUGCGUCAAUGCUGGGAAACUAUGUUUGGGCAAGAACUUGCUAAGCUUACUGUCAUGGAUUUGAUACUCACUAUAUUAGCCACUCUCAACAUGGAUUUCUUUCGCGCUGUUUUCGUGCGUUUUAUGAACAAUUUCUGGUGCUGGGAUUUAGAGAAACAAUUUCCGCAAUACGGUGACUUCAAAAUAGCUGAAAACAUUCUCCAUUUAGUUAACAAUCAAGGCAUGGUUUGGAUGGGAAUGUUCUUCAGUCCUGGUUUAACGGCACUGAAUCUCUUUAAACUUGGUGUUCUAAUGUAUUUACGUUCUUGGGCGGUUUUGACAUGCAAUGUACCUCACGAAGUAGUCUUCAGAGCGUCCAGGUCUAACAAUUUUUACUUUGCGCUGUUAUUGACUAUGCUGUUUUUGUGCGUAUUGCCGGUCGCUUACGCUAUAGUCUGGGUCGAACCUUCGUGUUAUUGUGGUCCAUUUUCUGGUUAUUCAAAGAUUUAUAAUUUAGCUACGCAAAGUUUGAUAAACUCGCUCCCGAAGAUAAUCCAACGAGUUCUUGAUUACGUUGCAUCGCCUGGUAUAGUAAUACCAUUGAUUGUUCUCAUGACAUUGAUUAUUUAUUAUAUGGCAUCUCUCACUGGAUCUUUGCGAGAAGCGAAUAACGAUCUAAAGAUGCAACUACGACAGGAGCGUACAGAAGAACGUCGAAAAUUAUUUAAAAUAGCAGAGAAGAAGCAUACCGUAGCUGAGGCUCCGCUAUCGAAGUGGAAAAAGAUCCUUCCAGCGUUGCCACAGGUCAAAAUAUCUCAAAAUUCCGAAACAGUUCAAAAGGAAAAUGUACAGAUCUCAAUUGGGAACGUGAAUACAGUGGUAGGUACAAUUGAAAAUAAAGAUUUGAUGAAUGACACCGAAGAAUAUUCAGGUCAGGAUCAAGUACUGUCCAAUUAUGACAACGAGCAACGAGUUGAAGAACAGAAUGGUUUGAUAUCAAAUGAUAAAUCUUCUAAUAGAAGAUUGACAAACGUGGUUGGAUGUUCUUGGGACUCACCAUCGAAUAAACAAAGUGUUAUCAUACCAGAAAUCCAAGUAAACAAUGAAGAAAAAAUAUCCGACGUUUGCGCAAACAUUGAAUUGGAUGAUGGCCCUGAAAACGGCAAUCAAGAGAUAACGUAA